AUGUCGGGUAGCUCAAUGCCUGAAGAAUACCGGCGGAAAAGAGUCCGUAAGGGAACGAAGAGCUGCUGCGAGUGUAAGCGGAGAAAGAUCAAGUGUAUUCUAUCUCCGGAUCUGUCUAUUUGCACUGGGUGUCUAGAAAGAAGCACCCCGUGUCUCAGUCAGGAGUAUGUGGAUGAUCGUCCACCACACCAUGCUGAGGAUUCAGCGUUGGAUCGCCGUAUGGCAAGGGUAGAGUUAUUACUAGAGACACUGAUGGACAGGAUUCCCUGGGGCCAAGUUGGUGACUUGACUCCUUCAUCCAUUUCGGCAACGGCGAACGAGUCACGACCUCUCUUCGCAUCUCUGCCUAAUGGUUCUGGGGUGCAGACUGAAGUUCGUCCUCCGUCUGGAAAACUUGAGAUUCUACGCCGACGACUUGCUAGGAUGUUACCUUGCCAAGCGGAUGUGGAUUGUCUGUUCGCUUCGAGUCACGGAUGGUGGCUUAUCCAGCAACAUAUGAUGCCGCACCUACCAGACUUAGUUGAGAAUGACUUUCACGGGUUGUUUAAUGUCGCCGCUGUCUCAGAAGGACAUCCGACGACUAUCGCGAGACUACUUCUCUGUAUCGCAAUCUGCAUUCAGCAGCUCCCAUCUGAAAUGGAUAUGCGAAAACUCCAAACUACAUUACCACUUCGAGAAAUGAUGAGCAGUAUCAUUGAAUUUCUCGUCCAGAAUGUCACCUCUGACGACGAAAUGACUGGAAGCAUUGAAGGUGUUGAAUGCCUUGCACUUCAGGGAAUAUACGAGGUCAAUGCUGGCAACCUUCGAAGAUCAUGGCUUUUAUUCCGAAAAGCCAUCACGAUAGCUCAGCUUUUGGGCCUGCACAGAGUGGCUAUCAAGACAUCUGAGGAAAGGCUAAGUUUGAUGGAGACAAAACGACAUCAUUUAUGGUAUCAGGUUUCGAGAGGAGAACGUUACCUCUCCACGCUACUUGGCGUACCAUCAGCUACAGGCUCAGCGGUCUUCCCUUUCAACGAUGACGCCGCUUGGCUGUCACCAGAAGCUCUUUAUCACAAGCAUUUAUAUCAUAUAUCCGGCCUCAUACUUGCUCGCAACCAAGAAGAUUGUACCCAUUCCUUCUCCACCACACAGAGAAUUGGCGAACAACUUGAUUCCCUCGCAGAGCAAAUGCCGCCAUCCUGGUGGGAAAUCCCUACCAAUAUCUCAAACAACCGCACAAAAGAAGCAUCCGUUCAGUUCGAGCGAGUAAUGUGCCAAAUCUGGCAUUUCGAGCUAGCAAUGCUGGUGUACCUACCCUUCAUGCUACGUGCGACGACUGACCGACGAUACGAACAUUCACACUUCUCUUGCUUAAAUGCUAGCCGAAGCCUAAUUAAGAGAUGGAUUUCCAUUCGUAGGAGCCAUAGCACUCUCCUCUUCUCCAACCUCCUCGAAUUCCAGGCUUUCACAGCAGCGACCACUCUCCUGCUAGGGCUCCUAGGCCCUCAGAUAAGUACACACCAGGACGUCUUACAAGAACGGCACGAGGAUUUUCAGCUUGUAGAGACAGUCAUUCAGAAUUUUGAAAGACUCGAGCAGCAUGAUACUCGGAUGUCCGUUGGUGCUCAGAGCAUUUCUGUCAUUCGCACACUUCAACGGUUUCUUCACGAAAGAAACUUCUCUGGCAGACUGCGUCUUGAGAUCCCUUUCUUUGGAAUCAUCAGGAUUGCGCGUAGCGGUGCCGUGCAACCGCUAGAAGGAGAGCGGAUUCUCGGGGCAAACGCGUGCCAAAACACUACUUUCCCUCGACUUGGACAAACCUGUGUGUCUUCUUCCAUGGCGAGAACGGAUUGCACCCAGACUUUUAUGUCUCGUCCUAGAAGAGAAACACCCCAGGAGAUGGUCAGAAAUGAAGGGAGCUAUGCUGACGAUGGUGUGGAGAGAAACGAUCCUAUUUUGCAGUUAUCUGGCGGCCAUUUUCAACUUCCUGAGGCGUCGGGCACCCAGGGUGGUUUUGAUACUAGUGAAUUGCCGUUUCAGGAAAGUGAUAUGAUAUUCUUCGACAGCUUAGUGAAUACAGAUUUGGUGGGUAAUUGGACACUAUAA